AUGGCGUACCCCGCGCGCAGGCGCGGGGCAGAAGCGCGGGCCCGGAUCCAGCCAGGCUGUGACGCCAUCGCGGUGGCAACGAAGAUUCUCCAGUACCGGCGAGACGCGUCCGGCUGGAAGAGUUGCAGGGGAGGCCAUGGAGUUUCAGUUUCCUGGAGGCCAUCCAUGGAGUUUGCAGGGAGCCUGUACCGAGGAGAGGGGAUUGUGUGUGGUACCCCAGAGGAGGUGUGGGACUGUGUAAAGCCAGCAGCCGGGGGCUUGCGAGAGAAAUGGGAUGAGAAUGUGACCAGUUUUGAAAUUAUCGAAAGUAUCACGGACACACUCUUUGUGAGCAGGACCUCUACCCCUUCGGCUGCCAUGAAGCUCAUUUCUCCCAGGGACUUUGUGGACUUAGUGCUGGUCAAGAAAUACGAGGAUGGCACCAUCAGCUCCAAUGCUACCCACGUGGAACAUGCACUGUGUCCCACGAAGCCAGGAUUCGUGAGAGGAUUUAACCAUCCAUGUGGGUGCUUCUGUGAACCUCUUCCAGGGGAGCCCGGCAAGACCAGGCUGGUCACGUUCUUCCAGACGGACCUCAGUGGCUACCUGCCUCAGAACGUGGUGGACUCCUUCUUCCCUCGCAGCAUGGCUGGUUUUUAUGCCAACCUUCAGAAAACAGUGAAGCAGUUCCACAACUGAGCUCUCACGGGAGAGCUGGUGGAGAUCAGCCCUGAUGUGUGAGGAGCUCCAGUUUCUGGGAGAGCCAGAAGGCUGGCUUCUGCUCUUCAGGACACCAUGGUGGGCAGUGAGUCUCUCUGAGUGCCGGCCAUGGGCGGCAGCUGCCCCUCCUACCUCCUCCUCCCUCUCAGGGUUGGCGUGGGGAAGCUGUCACUGCUCCAGCCCUGCCUGGGGUACAGGCACACAGCCAGGUGGACCCUGGCUUCUGGACACCCAUGAGGGUCUCAGUUUGGUUCUAGGUGACACACUGGUCCAGAGCCCUGGUGCCAGGUGCCAGCCCCUCUCAGAGGCUACAUGCAGUGUUGGUCCUAGAGAACCUCGGCUGGCACUGAACACAGUGACUGGCGCCGUGUCAGCCCCUGUAGCUCUCCCACCCUGUGUUGCCAACUCCAACUCUGAUGUAUGUGUUUAACAGUGCACAAGACUCCCCAGUUAAUGUCAGCCUGGGAAAUGAUGACUUAAACAGUGGAAUAAGCCUCAAGGUAA